CCCCCCCCACCACCCCCCCCCCCCCCCCCGCACCCGGUGGACAUGUCUGUGUGUAGGACGGUGUGGCUCAGUCAGGCUGUCUGAUGUCUUUCAAUAUGAAUGUCUCCUUGCUGAUGCUGCUGCCCGGCUUCCAGCUGCUCCUCGUGAUCGGUGUGGGCGCAAAGAAACAGGAAGCAGCGGGUUCACCUGAGGACCCCAGCACCCGCCUCCUGGGCCUGUGGAGGCUGCACGUGAGGGACACCCUGCUGAAAGCGAAAGGUUCUGGCCCUCAUGCAAUGACAGGAGGGGACAAACAGCAGCUGCUGUACUGCCGUGUUGGGAUUGGCUACCAUCUCCAGAUUCUGCCCAGUGGCUCUGUAGGAGGGGUCCACAAACCCACCCAGCAUUGUUGGCUGAAGGUGUUUGCUAUGAAACAAGGAGUGGUGGGGAUCAUAGGCGUGAAGAGCGGCCUGUACCUCUGCUUGAGUGCAGAGGGGCUGGCGUAUGCAGCGGAGAAGUUUUCUGACGACUGCCUGUUGAAGGAGAACCUGGAGGAGAAUCACUACAACACCUAUUCCUCUCUCUCUCACCCGGACUUCUACCUGGCUCUGUCCCAUAAAGGAGCACUCCGGAGGGGCAACAGUGUGGGCCGCCACCAGUCCUGCACCCACUUUAUACCCCGGAGAACAGGCUGAUGAGGGUCCAGCUUCCUCUCAGUUAGGGCCAACUUAGGAAUAUGGUUUCCAACAGUGUAUCUUCAGCUGGUGAAAAAGCAACAGAGCAGAAAGUCCACAUGCAGCUGGACCUCAGACUGCAACAUGGACAAAGUCAAACUAGUUCCGCAUCCAAGAGACCCAAUGAGUGUGGUUGAAGGGUUACUUCCUGUAGAACAGUGAACUGAGAGCAUCACACUGCGACCUCUCUGCCCGCUCAGACCUGAGUGUCUGUGCCCCCCCCCCCCCACACACACACACACACGCUGAUGCUGGAGCAUCCACUGAGCACACAGAAAGAAACCCCUGGCACAGGAGUUUGCCGAUGGAGUAAAUGUUCUUCAAACUAUUUAAUGCACAGGAUGAGUCUUAUGAAGCGCAAGAGUGCAGAGCCCACACUUUUUAAAGGAGCUUGACUGUUUCAGUCCUUUACUGCUGAUCAAUAUUUCUGUUAGGAUCCAUGACUCUGUGAAGCUGUCCUCUAAAGAGUUGGGUUCCAAAUCAGUGAAACAUUGUCCACACAAAAUCAUUUGUAGAUAUAACAAGGGUCUGUAUUUUAGAAGUAUUGAUGGAUGACUGAAUGAUGUUUUUAUACAGCAUCUGUUUUGACAAUAGUACAUCUGCAUAUUAUUUAUCAUGUACAUUUUGUUUGUGAAGUAUUUGUUUGUUUAUUUAUUUAUGUUUUAUAAUGCAUUUGCAGUGAUAAGAAAUGAAAUAUAUAUAUUUGUAUAAACAUUGUGUACCUGUAUCAGAUGUAUAAGCUAAGCUACGUAGCCACCAGCUGACUUUAGCCAGGCUAACUAGCUCCCUGACUGUUAGUUGCUAUGAGAUCUAUGAGACCUGCUAUUUUUUAGUAUUUAGGAUACUUUGACAUACCUGUGUUUAAAGGGCAUUAUGCCAUAAAUUGACUUGAAUGUGUCAAUGCAAAAAUAAAUCUCACACUUGAUGGAAUCUA